AUGUUCCUCAACCAUCGACCACUACUCGUUCUUAUUCUUUUCUUGGCAACCAGUCCAACGGAUGUUUUAUCUAAAGUACUUUAUUCAAAUCCAUCUGAUCAAGAUGCAUCGAACAGAACAUUGUCAGUUGAUCCAUUGCAACUAGAUCUUAAUCCAUUACACAUUCUCUGUCCAGUCUGUAGUCUUUUACAGUUUUUACUCGGCGGAGUUUUUAAAUUAGCACUUGGCGGAGGUCUUCUGAAACAACUAGGAAUUGCUGCAUGUUCUCUUGGAAUGGGAGCAGGAAUUCAUAUUCCAGUCCUCCCGAAUGUCAUCUGCGCUGUUGUUUUUGAGCUCAUCUUCAUGCUUACAAAUAAAGCAGGUUCCGGGUUAUGCCCUCUUCUUUUACUUUGUCCAAUGCCGAAACAGAAAACGAAGCCAACGAAAUCUCCAGUUUAUUCUGCUCUUGAUGAAUACGAAAAUCACAUUUUGAGUAUUGUGGAGAACACAGAUUCAUCCAAUUUGUCUCCACAAAUGGAGUAUUUAUACGAGGAAUUGAUGAAUCAAUUACCAAUGGAAACAAUCAAAUCAAUUGGAGUCGAUGAGCAGGCUCGCCACGUUAUUCGAAAUUUCGUUGCUGCAAUUCAAUAUCAUCUGGCUCAUCGUGAAGAAUAUUUGUAUCUUUCUUCUCAGAAUGUUUAA